AUGGAUGGAGGGGCUGAACGAUUCAAUACGUAUGUGACCUUGAAGCUGCAGAAUGUCAAAUCCACGACUAUACAGGUGAAGGGUAACAACCCGUGUUGGGAACAAGACUUCAUGUUUGAAACAAUGCGGCUUGACACAGGGCUGAUUGUAGAAGUGUGGAACAAAGGCAUGCUGUGGGAUAAACUGUUAGGCCUGCACUGGUUACCCCUCCGCAAGAUCCACCAUUCAAAUACGGAAGGAGAUGGGUCGUGGCUGUCCAUGUACAGUGAACUUAUACUACAGAAUGGAGAAGUUGCUGGAACAAGGAUCAAAACUGGUCACGAAAUUCUCAUCGAUGCCAGAUUUGAGCUGCCCUAUGAUGUUGUUGCAGAUCUCCCAGAGACAGAGGCUGUUGAAUUACAAAAUAAGCUUGAGGUUCUCAACACCAUGGACCAAGAGAUUCUGACCAUACAAGAGCAACAUCGGCGGCAUACUUCAUCAACACAGUCGGGUAUGUCAGAAGAUAGUGAUUAUACUAGUGACAUCAGUUUUCCUCAGCAACAUCAACACAACAGUUCUGUGCAUCAAUGGCGAGGAACCACGGAUCCACUUAUUCGCAUGCGGGAGGAUAGCCGCGAGGAGUACAUGCGAGAUAUGGGGCCGUUUGAUUCAUUUGAUGGUGAAUCAUUUGAUCGUGGUGGAUCAUUUGACCGUAUUGAAAGUUUUGAUCAAGACAGAAUUUCUGACACCGAAAGAACGUUUGGUCAUGUUGAUUCUUUUGAUCGACAUCUAUCUGGUGGUGAAUCAAUAGAACGGGACGAUUAUGAUAAUGAUAAAUAUGUUUAUGAUCAGGAUGAUCCUGAUUAUUACCAAGACAGUCCGUACCAGAACAGUCAGGAUGGAUAUAACAAUGACAGUCCUUACCAUACUAAUGACGGAUUCCGCGAUGGUUCUUACGGCACGGGACAAGACAGUCCUUACCAUCAAAGUCAGGAGAGUCCAUUCCGUAAAAGUCGUGACAACUAUCAGGACAGUCCGUAUCGACAUAGUCGUGAAAAUUCCCAAAGUCAGGAAAGUUAUUCUGAAAGUGUUUAUCGUGGACAAUGUAUGGAUAAUUACCAGGACUAUCGACAAGGCCAUGGACAGGAUGGACCUCGAGAUAGUCCAUACCACCAAGUACGCAGUGAUACAGACUCUGACCUUCUUUCCUACAACAGCAGACCACAACAGCCUUACAAGUUUCUCACCGAAGGAAGCCCUAUACGGAGCAGGGAUUCCCUUACUAACAUGACUAAUAUGACAACUACAAGUCGCCACAGUACACAAGAUUUCAGUCCGGCCAACAGUCGGUCAUCAACCACAAAUGUCAGUCGUCAGAGUACACAGGAAUGCAGCGAUGAAAGUGCAGCAUUUGACAGAAGUAGUAAUCUCAACAUCAACUCCCCAGCCAAAGCCAAGUGGAUAGAUGUAUAUAACAAAGUUUGUGUGAAGCUAGGCCAGGUUAGCACUCUGAUGGAUGGUGAUGUGUCAGAUGAUCGGGAUGGCCAUGGCAUACAACACAAUGGCGGGCCUCCCGAACACAACCCAUUCUAUACAAGUAUAGACAGCAUGCCAGAAAUUAGAGCACCUCGUAGAAAGUCUGUCUCAUUGGUCAGCGACUUGACCAUGCAGGUAAAGAACAGGAAUGCAGGAGUGCCAUCAGCCAUGGUCGCCAGACAAUCACUGAAGGACGAAGAACUGAAAAUGCAUGUUUACAAAAAGACACUCCAGGCACUGAUAUAUCCCAUCUCCAGCACAACGCCACAUAAUUUUGUUGUGUGGACAGCAACAUCUCCAACAUACUGUUUCGAGUGUGAGGGAAUGCUAUGGGGCAUGGUACGGCAAGGUGUUCGCUGUACAGAGUGUGGGGUCAAAUGUCACGAAAAGUGUAAGGACCUUCUAAAUGCAGACUGUUUACAAAGUAAUAUCAACAUCUACAUUAAAAACCUAAUUUUGUAACUUUUCUACCCUCUAGGAGCCGCAGAGAAAAGCUCAAAACAUGGAGCUGAAGACAAAACUCAUAACAUUAUAAUGGCCAUGAAAGAUAGGAUGAAGAUACGAGAGCGAAAUAAGCCAGAAAUAUUUGAUCUAAUUAGGGAAGUGUUCGGGGUAGACAAAAAAUCUCAUAGCGGACACAUGAAGGCAGUCAAACAAAGUGUUUUAGAUGGAACGUCCAAGUGGUCAGCAAAAAUAGCUAUAACUGUGAUAUGUGCCCAGGGACUUAUCGGCAAAGAUAAGACCGGCACCAGUGAUCCUUAUGUAACAGUCCAGGUCGGCAAGGUAAAGAAACGGACCAAAACUGUGCCACAGGACCUUAACCCAGUGUGGAAUGAGAAGUUUUACUUUGAGUGCCAUAACUCCUCUGACAGAAUCAAAGUACGAGUAUGGGAUGAGGAUGAUGAUAUAAAAUCUAAGCUGCGACAAACAUUCACCCGAGAAUCAGAUGAUUUUCUUGGCCAGACUAUCAUUGAUGUGACCACUUUGAGUGGCGAAAUGGACGUUUGGUAUAACUUAGAGAAGAGGACAGACAAAUCGGCAGUGUCGGGUGCCAUCAGACUACACAUCAGUGUGGAGAUAAAGGGAGAGGAGAAAGUAGCACCUUAUCAUGUCCAGUAUACAUGUCUUCACGAGAAUCUCUUCCACUAUUUAUGUGAGCUGGCAGCUGGAGCAGUCAAACUGCCUGAUGCCAAAGGGGACGAGGCAUGGAAAGUGUACUUCGUAGAGCCGUCCCAGGAAAUUGUAGAUGAGUUUGCCAUGCGAUACGGGAUAGAAUCCAUAUAUCAGGCAAUGACGCAUUUUUCAUGUUUGUCCACAAAAUACAUGUGUCCUGGUGUACCAGCAGUAAUGAGCACACUUCUGGCAAACAUUAAUGCAUUCUACGCACACACUACAGCCUCCACAGCCGUCUCUGCCAGUGACCGGUUUGCUGCUUCCAAUUUUGGGAAAGAAAAGUUUGUGAAGUUAUUGGAUCAGUUACAUAAUUCACUGAGAAUUGAUUUAUCUAUGUAUAGGAAUAAUUUCCCAGCGUCAGAUCGAGCUCGCUUACAGGAUCUUAAGUCAACAGUAGAUCUACUUACCAGUAUCACAUUCUUCAGGAUGAAGGUACAAGAGUUGCCGAGUCCACCCCGAGCCAGCACUGUCGUGAAAGACUGUGUGAUAGCCUGCAUGAAAUCAACAUACCAGUUCCUGCUAGAUAAUUGUUACGAGCUGUAUCAGCGCGAGUUUCAGACAGAUCCUGCAGAAGCUGAUGCAGAACAACAGGGUGGAAAUGCAAACAGCCUUGACCUUCUCCACAAACUGAUAACUCUGAUUGUGUCUGUGAUUGAGGAAGAUCGUAACAGCUACACGCCAGUCCUCAACCAGUUUCCACAAGAGCUUAAUGUUGGUCAAGUUAGUGCUGCCAACAUGUGGGCAUUAUUCUCUCAGGACUCUUGUUAUGCUUUACAAGAGCAUGAAGUGGAACGGUCCUGUAAGAGCUCAGAGUAUAUGAAUCUACACUUCAAGUUAAAGUGGCUAUAUACCAAGUAUAUUGCUGAUGUGCCUCAAUACAAGGGGACAGUGCCCGAGUACCCACAAUGGUUUGAACCGUUUGUGAUGCAAUGGUUGAACGAGAAUGACGAUGUUUCCAUGGAAUAUCUCCACAGUGCCUAUGAACGCGACAAAAAAGACGGGUUCCAAAAGAGUUCCGAGCACUCUCUGUUUUCUACGUCGGUGGUGGAUGUGUUCACGCAGCUCAAUCAGUGUUUUGAUGUCAUCAAAAAGCUGGAGUGUCCUGACCCUGAAGUAGUCAAACGCUACAUGAGGCGGUUUGCAAAAACAGUAAAUAAAGUACUUCUCACCUAUGCAGAUACAGAGAAAAAAGAUUUUGAAAAGUACACAAACAAUAACCGAGUAGCAUGUAUAUUAAUGAACAACAUCCAACAAUUACGAGUGCAGUUGGAGAAAGUGUUUGAAUCCAUGGGAGGGGAAAAGCUGGAUACAGAAGCCUCGGAAAUGUUGAAAGAACUGCAGCAAAAACUCAACACAGUGCUUGAUGAUCUCGCUAUGAUAUUCGCCAAAAGUUUGGAACCACAGAUUCAACAAAGUAUGCAAGAAUUAGGGACAUUACUCUCCAAAGUAAAAGGUGCAGGCCAGGUCUCCUUGGCCCAACCCAGUCAGAGGAACAGUAUACAGCAGGAGUCCGAUAUGGUGCUAGGUCCCCUUAUGGACCUUCUUGAUGGCAGCCUGACAAUGUUUGCUCAACUCUGUGAAAAGACUGUGCUGAAACGUCUGUUGAAGGAGCUAUGGAGGAUAGUAAUUUAUACAAUGGAGAAGAAAGUUGUGCUUCCACCUCUCUCUGAUCCCAGACAGCUCCUGCCUCUACCUGGUACAGCCCAAGCUAAGAUAGAAGAUGUGUCCCGUUUGCUAUUCAACAAUGUCAGCCAAUUGCCCAUGAAUGUCCCUAUGAUUCAGGAUAUGUCCAAGGAGGCCGAAAAGAAUUUGAGUCCAAAACAAUGUGCAGUUCUGGAUAUGGCCCUGGAUACAAUUAAGCAGUACUUCCAUGCCCAAGGUAAAGGUCUAAAGAAAGCAUUCCUCGAUAAGAGUCAGGAACUCCAGUCAUUGCGAUAUGCUCUGUCCUUGUAUACACAGACAACUGACACGCUCAUCAAAACGUUUGUCAGUACUCAGACAUCACAAGAUCAGCCAAGUAAUGAGGACCCUGUAGGGGAGGUAUCUGUACAAGUUGAUCUCUUUACACAUCCUGGCACUGGGGAACACAAAGUCACAGUGAAAGUUGUGGCAGCUAAUGACCUCAAGUGGCAGACAUCGGGCAUGUUUCGACCAUUUGUAGAGGUCAAUCUGAUUGGACCUCACAUGGGUGACAAGCGCCGCAAACAUUCCACAAAAUCCAAGAGUAACAACUGGUCGCCAAAGUUUAAUGAAACCUUUCACUUUAUUCUUGGGAAUGAAGAUGAUCCCGAUGCCUAUGAAUUACACAUUUGUACCAAGGACUAUUGUUUUGCACGCGAAGACCGUCUGAUUGGUGUGGCCGUCAUGCAGCUACGUGAUAUCGUGGAACAAGGGAGCUGUGCAUGCUGGUGCUCUUUAGGUCGAAGAGUCCACUUAGAUGAAACUGGGUGGACCAUUUUACGCAUUCUAUCACAAAGAACUAAUGAUGAGGUUGCAAAAGAGUUUGUAAAGUUAAAAUCUGAAAGCAGGCAUCUUGAAGAUGUGUCCUGAAGUUUAAUCAGUGAUAUUAGAAUUCUUUAAUUAAUUGUGUACAGAUUUUGCUGCAGAACUGAGUUAAGAUCUCAUUUUGUUGACCAAUAG